CUGUUUGAUAACUGGUUCUUGAUUCCAAAUUCCCUGCCUUCCAACUAAGUCCUCAAUUCGUUAAUACUGAGCUGGAUCUUCCCAGCAGCAGCCAGUAGUCCUAGCCGCCCCCAUUUUAUGCAAUGCUUUCGUCUGUCAAGUGUUUUUGAUCCUUUAAUCUCAACGUGCGUGCAUCAAUACAUCAUCCAAGAUGUCACAGGCACAAACAAAAUACAAAUUGUCACUAAUGUUCAACAGUCUACUCUAAGUGUCAUAAAUAUUGCGCCGGACCUUCACAGCAGCAGCCAGUAGCCCAGCAGUCGUCUCACCCGCCCCGUUCCAGUCAACGCUCACAACGCUGUCGCGCAACCACAGCCACAAACAUGGCGUGGCUCCUUUCUCGCGUCGCCACCGCCGCUCUCCUCCUCGUCCUCGUCCUGACGGUGACCACGAGCACUAGCCCGGCGGCGGCUCAGAGGUUCCCGGCGAGGGCGCGCCCAACGAAGUCGGGCUACCUCAACGUCACCUCCACCAACUCCCUCUACUUCGCCUUCUACGAGGCCACUGACCCGGUCACCGCACCUCCGACCGCCGCACCGCUGCUCGUAUGGUUACAAGGCGGGCCCGGGUGCUCCUCGCUCAUCGGCAACUUCGCCGAGCUCGGCCCCUACCUCCUCCUCAACUCCACAGGGCUCUCGCGCAACCGGAACCGUUGGAAUCGCCGCUUCGGCGUCAUCUUCAUCGACAACCCGCUCGGCUCCGGCUUCAGCGCGCCGGCGUCCGAGGCAGACAUCCCCAGGGACGAGCCCACCAUCGCCGCGCACCUCCUCGCGGCUCUCCAGUCGUUCAUGGCGCUCGACCAGAGCUUCCGCGCGCGCCCGCUGUUCCUCGCCGGCGAGAGCUACGCCGGCAAGUACAUCCCCGCGGCCGCCAAGCACAUCCUCGACGCGAACGACAAGCUCCCCGCGGGCCGGAGAGUGAACCUGCAGGGCAUCGCCAUCGGCAACGGCAUGACGCACCCCGUCGCGCAGGUUACCGUGCACGCCGACCAGGCCUACUUCGCCGGGCUGAUCAACGCCAAGCAGAAGACCUCCGUCGAGGCGAUGCAGAACAGGACGGCGAGCCUCGUGAGGGCCGGCAAUUGGACGGGCGCCAGGAGGGAGAGGAACAGGAUCAUAAGCUUCCUCCGGAACGUCACCGGCGUGGCGACGCCCUUCAACUACGCGCGCGAGCGGCCGUACCCGACGCGCCCGCUCCUGAACCUCCUAAACACCGACGAGGCCAAGGCGGCGCUCGGCGCCCGGCGCGACGUAGUGUGGGUGCGGUGCAGCAAGGCCGUGUCCGAGGCGCUUGCCGAGGACAUCAUGAGGAGCGUCAAGGGCGACGUCGAGGCCGUCCUGGCGCGGGACGGCGGCGCCACGCGGGUGCUGCUGUUCCAGGGCGUGUUCGACCUGCACAGCGCGCCGGCGUCCGUGGAGGCGUGGGUGCGGGAGCUGGAGUGGCCGGGGCUGCCUGCGUUCCUGGACGCGGACCGCGCCGUGUGGCGGCUCGAGAGCGGCCGGCUCGCCGGUUACGUGCAGAGGUCGGGCACCCUAGCGAACGUGGUCAUCGUCGGGGCGGGGCACAUGGCGGCCGGCGACAACCGGCCGGCCGCGCAGGCGAUGAUCGAGGGCUGGGUGCUGCAGACGGGGCCGUUCGCCGGAGCGGGCGCGCAGUCGUCAACGUCCUGAACAAUCCGCCGUAGAGCCAGUCCGACUUUGACUCGGUAGUUUAAUGGUGUUUGGUGCUAUGCUGCUGUUCGAUCUUGUGAGCUUGGAUGCAGCUUCUUUUGUUGUGUUCUGCUAACGUGUUCCCAGUCCCAGUAACACCAUAUAUAUUCAAUAUACUGUUGCUGUACUGGUAUUACUUUGUCUACUAGGUAAGGAGUUACUGCGUAGCUACUGUACAUUCUCACAUUUGUUUAAUAAAUAAGGUAAAUAAGAUCGCAAACCUUACAAGA